AUGGAGUUUGCCCCCAACGGUGAUCUCGAUCGUCUUAUUGAACGAAUUAUGGGGUCUUGGGAUCGGCCAAAGCAAGAGUUACCGGACAGAGUCUUGUGGCGAAUUUUCAGGAAUCUCGCGAGGGCUGUCGAACUUAUGGACUCGGUCGACCGCACAAUGCUUCCACAAACGUCUCCUCCUCCAUCUUCGAGUUCUCCUACGAGUUCUGCAUCAGGCAGCACAAACCCACUCGUGGCCGCUGUAUUCGCCAGUGCCGCCGCAAAGGCCAAUAAAUUAGUACAUUUCGAUAUCAAGCCACAAAACACAUUGAUUGGCGAUAUCGUGCCAGGCGGUGAUCCACUAGUCCCCGUUGUCAAGAUGGCGGAUUUUGGUCUGGCACAAUUCAUUGACGAAUCUGAGUAA